CAUAACAAAGCAACAAGUGGAGAAGUCCGUGGAUCGUGCCAAGACCUCGGUUUAUUGCAAUUUGUGCUUUAAUUUUGACUUAUUAUCGUGUUAGUUUUCGUUUUUCGAUCGAAUGGCUACCGCAGUUCUCAUCGUUUCUUCUGUGUGCCGAUAAAACCAUGUUUCAGUCGCUCGUAUAUUUGCAGUUAUUGAUCCCUCAAACCUGUUUGCUUAAAAGGAGGUUAGAUUCUGCAACACUCCUCUUCGGUUAGAAAUUAGGAAAUUUCGUAAACAUUUUAAUCAAAGGAGAAUCUUCUCAAAAUGCCACCAACAUUUUCUCAAAACUCUGCCGUCGAUGGUUUGCCCAAGCAGUUUGUCAUCGCUAUGCGCACCCUCUUUGAUAUCAUGGACGAUAAACAUGUUGGCUACGUCAAAUUUUCAGAGAUUGAACGAAGAUGGCAAGAUGAUGGGACAAAAGGCUUACCUCCAGGUGUGUUAGAAAGUCUAAGAAAAGUCACUCCUGUAAAUGGUCUUCUGACUUUUGAGAGGUUUUGUGCUGGCUUAAAAAUAUGCCUUCUGAAGAACCAGGUUGAAGGCAGGAAUCAACAACACGACCUGAAUCAUAUGUCAAAAUUGAACCGACCUCCGUCAGCACCUAUUCUUGACUUAGAUAGCAACAAAUUAAAAUGGGAGUCUUCAAGCUCUGCAAAUCUUGCACCUAGUGUUUUUCCUACACAGCGAACAUCAAGUAUGCCUCAGCUGCCCGGUGAACCUCCCAUUGGUAUCCCUAUUAUCAAACCGCCAUUGUACGGCCCGCCAAAACCACCAAGAACGGCAGUAGGAUUAGAAAGAGGAAUGCAGCUUGCCGGAACUACCGACAGAGUAAUGGAUAAAGCUGAAAUUAGAACUGUAUUACAAAAUUGGCAACUGGGACUAAUGAUGAAUGAGGAAGAUAAAAGACUUGAUUAUAAUGCUCGAACACGAAGUGUUGGAGAUGGAAAACCAACCACCUUACCAGCUGAAGUGCCAAUCACGUCUCAACAGCACAAGAAACAAAGUGGAAGACGGAAAGAGCCACGCAGACAUACUCUUCAGAAUGGAAUAGAUUACAAUAUGUUGAAACGUAUGAAGCAGAUAGAGCAAGAAAGAGACGUGUUGAUGCAAGGCUUACGAGCUGUAGAGCAAGCUCGUGACUGGUAUUUGAAACAAAUUGUUGCAGUCCAAGAAAAGAUGAAAUACCUUGGUCGAGAGCAGUGGAGCGAAGCUCAACAAGAACGAAUUGAGCUGCAAACAGCACGCGUCUUAGAAGUGAAUAGGCACUUGGCAGCGCUAACAGAUGGAUCAGGGCUCCCAAUUCAUAUGAAUUUAGCUUAUCCUGCCACACCACAUCUGCUCAAUCGGCUCAAGCAUCAAAACAACUUGUUAAACGAGGAAGUAACUCAGAAAAGUGAACGUAUUACUCUUUUAGAAAGGGAGAAAGCAUCAUUAAUUCGAGAACUUUUUCAAGUGCGGAGUCAAUCUAGAAGAAGUGAUGUUCCAUCUGAUCAGGUUGGAUUUAUGUAAAAUUAAAAUCUGCCUGCCAUAGUGAAUUUUAGAUUAAUUUUCUCGUAACUAUACCGUCCUUUAUGUCUAAUAAUUGCUAGUAUUAAUUUUCUUGCAAUUAUGCCGUCCAUAAUGUCUUCUAAUCGUCAGCAAUGAUUUUUUCAGCUUUUAUUUUUUUUCUUUUUGUGAAUUACUCCUUUAAGUAAUCUUAUAAAGCCCAUCAUGAUCAUUGCAUAUUUUACUCUUGAAUAUAAGAGAAUAUCCUGUUAGGCCUUUAUCAUACUGAUGUAAGCUACUGUCUUUUGAACUAAUAGAGUAGUUUGUCUUAAAAUUUGAAAGCUAUUGAAGAAGCAAGAAAAAAAUCAACAGGGUGCUAAGAGGUGUAAAAGAAUUUAAAUUAAUUUAAAUCAGUCAGUUCUGUAUAGAGGUCAUCUCGAUAAUAAAGGUCUAGAUUUUUAUUUUUCAAGAAAGUAGAUUUCGUUCUUUUUUAAAUUUUAUCAAUCUCGGAAUGAUUUCAAUUGCUGACCUGCUGAUUUUACUUUUUCCGCUCAAAAAAUCUUGCAUCUGCGUCUUCCGUCCAUUUUACUUCAUUCCUCAAAACGCUUUUUAUUUUGUUACUUCGUAUAAGAAAAUUUAACAUUAAUGGGUGCUAUGAAAUGUGUACUUAAUUAUUUUUUAUAUUUUAUUCUAAUAGAUUGAGACUAAAUUAUCAAUCUAAUGUGAUUCAUCUAGCCAUUCACCCAGUGAAACUGGCUAGUUUGUGCUGUGUUUUUUAAAUGAAUUUUUCUUUACCUUGUUUACUUAAAAUUUGACCUAGAAGUUAAGUAGAAAAUUGAAUCAGAAUAUUAUUCCACCAAUGAUGGCACUACAUACAUAUUUACUUUAAGACUGAUUAAGGUUCUGUUUAAGAUUAGCAACACCAUACAGUUAUUUAAUGAUUUCCAACAGCUGAAAGUGGUAGACAUCUCCAUCACUGACAAUUAUCUCAUUAUUGUACGGACAGAACUAAGUAGAAACGCACGAAGUCACAUUGUUUAAAAAAGAAGGAAAACAAAACAGAGUUGGGAGUACUUCUGAAUUUGACUACAUAGUUGUAACUUUUCUUUCUUUAAAAUUUUUAAGUUGAGAAAAUAUAUUUUGAACAUGGAAAUAGUCAUUGAAUUUGUCCUCAACAUUUAGUCUUAUGGAGGAGUGAAAUUUUAAACCGUUUUUCCCGUUUCAAACUUAAUGCGAGUUUGUGCGUUUUUGUUAAAAUCUAUUCGUAUCAAUGUACCUCAAAUAGUAUGUAAUAGUUGAGGACCCGAAGUGAUAACAUCAUCAGCAUUUUAAACAAAUUAUUUAUUUGUGUUGGCAGUUGAUGUAAACAUUUUUCAUUAAAUCUAGACAAAAUACUUAUCUGUAUGUACCAUGUACCUUACUGGUGUUAAUAUUUCCUUUGAAUAUGAAAUUUUUGAGACACGUAAACGAGCGGCAUAUUUUCAUCUCUAUUUCAUGGGCAAUCUCAAAGCCAGGAUCGCCCAGUUGUGGAUGUAAAAAACUAUGACUCUCUACAUAAGAAAGUAUAAUUCAGAUUUCCACUAUGAUGAAAAAAAAAGAAAAUCAAAAACGUAAAUUGAAGAUGUACAGCUAAUUUAAUACAAUAGGGCUGUCAGUAGGAACAUUAUACAAUUUUCAUCCAACAUGAUGAAUUUGCCUGGAAUGAGUUGAUUCAUUUUUGGUUAAGAAUAGGAUAUUCCUGGGG